AUGGAGAUUCAGAGUAUGGUCAAGGAUCUACUUGCAACAUUUAUAGAGCGAAUUGACAACCUGAGUUACAUGGACGAAUUUACAAAGCAACAUGCAAUAGCAAAGGCUAGAAAUCUGAAAUACGAGAAAAUUGGCUACCCGGACUAUAUGAUGAAUGAUACACACAUGGACCACAGAUAUCAACAUUUACAAGUGAAUUGCUCUGAUUGCUACUUUGAAAACGUCCUGCAGGUGGUACGUCGUGAUCGUAUUUGGAGGCAAGAAGAAUUCAAGAAACCCGUAGAUAAAACCAAAUGGGGAAUGAACCCACACCAAGUGAAUGCUUACUAUAGCCAUAGCCGAAAUGAGAUAGUUUUCUUGGCAGGACUUCUGCAGCCUCCAUUCUACGCUCCGCAUUAUACAAGAUCCAUGAAGUUUGGAAGCAUUGGAAUGAUAAUUGGACACGAAAUAACACAUGGAUUUGAUGUCACAGGUUCUAAGUACGACAAAGAUGGCAUACUGGCAAAUUGGUGGAGCAAUCGCUCACGGGAAGCAUUUGACAAAUCGACAAGAUGCAUUUCUAAGUAUUUUUCAAGCUAUGAAGUCUCCGGGUUCAAUGUGAAUGGCAACUUGACCUUAUCGGAAGAUACUUCGGACAUCGGUGGACUGCGUAUGGCAUUUUCG